CAAGAAGAAGAAGCAGCCGUGUUUGCCAUCUUACGUUAGUGUCAGUCCAUCGUUCAACAGCACACUUUAUUGUAAAUAAAAAAAACCAACCCGGGAGAUAUUACCUAAAAAUAUACCUCGACUGGCUCAAAAGGACGUACAUUUAGUCUGGCCUAAAAUGCGGCGAAUAUCGCAGUAAUCCAGACCGCGAUGAAGACUCGUUUCCAAACAGGCCAAAACAACUCCUGCUUCAUCAUCUGAGGUCUUCAUCACAUUCUGGUGUAAAGAUGGACUUUAUUAAAGAGGAGAGUGAAGAAAUGAGGAUUGCCGAGCCUUGCAGAGUGAAAGAUGAGCAAAUAGAGGAACCAGGAGGCCCGAUGCAAGUGAAAGAGGAGAGUGAGGAGGAGAGUGAAGAGGAAAGUGAGGAAGAAAGUGAGGAGGAAGGUGAGGAGGAGAGUGAAGAGGAGAGUGAGGACGAUAAUCAUCAGCUCGAGGAUCCUCAGCUUGUCCUCAGCAGACAGAAGAUCUUGAGCUGCUCAGAGUCUGGGAAGGGCUUGUCUCAUAAGAGAGCUCAGAAAACAGCUGGCUUUUUCUUCACCUGCCUCGAAUGCAAAAAGAGCUUCGAGUCCAAAGAGCACCUGAUGGACCACUUCAGGGUUCACUCCGGAGAAAGCUGCACGGAGACCGAAACCAACCUGAAGCAGAUAGUGGUUCCGAGAGCGAAUUGCAAACUGCCCUUCACCUGCUUUCAGUGUCAGAAGAGUUUUGCAUGUAAAGAGCACCUGAUGGAUCACUACAGGAUUCACACCGUGGACAGACCGUUCCCCUGUGAUCAGUGCGACAAGAGCUUCAUUCACAAACAGAGCCUUAAGAAUCACCUAAGAGUUCACACUGGCUUGAGGCCGUACGUUUGCCAGCAGUGCGGCAAGAGCUACAUCCACAAAGACAAUCUCACCGAUCACAUCCGGAUCCACACCGGAGAGAAGCCGUUUGGGUGUGAUCAAUGCGGAAAGAGCUUCACACACAAAGGAAGCCUCCUGCAUCACACGAAGAUCCACACGGGACUCAAGCCCUUCACCUGCCGCCAGUGCGGACGCCACUUCACGCAUAAAGGAAACCUGAAGAUCCACAUACGCAUUCACUCCGGAGAAAGACCCUUCACCUGCCCUCAGUGCGGCAAGAGCUUCAUUUAUCACGGGAACCUGGUGGGUCACAUGAAGAAGCACUCAGGAGAGAAGUUAUACCACUGCACUCAGUGCGGGAAGAGCUUCAUCGAGGCCCGGCAUCUGCAGAAGCACGUGAAAACGCACGCUACCGAGCGGCCCUUCGUUUGCUCGCAGUGCGGACGCGGCUUCUUAUGGCACCACAACUUCAAAGAGCACCAGAAGAUCCACACCGGUGAGAAGCCACAUGUCUGCUUCGACUGCGGGAAAGCCUUCACCAGACUCAUUUACCUCAAGCGGCACCAGAGGAUUCACACCGGAGAGAAGCCGUACAAGUGCGCUCGCUGCGGGAUGUGCUUCACCGUCUCCGACUCGCUCAAAGCACACGAGCGAGUGCACACCGGAGAGAAACCCUACGAGUGCCCGCUGUGUGGGAAGUGCUUCGGACGGUUGAGUACGCUGCUGACUCAUAAGAAGAAGCACUGUCCCAAGCUGACGAAGUGAAUGUCACUAUUCCUGCAGGGAUGCUUUUAGAAAUGUUAUUUAAAUAACAUUAUAUCUGCAUUAAAAUCAUAUAAGGAAGAGUUCAUUAAAAAGUGGAAAUCCAAGAUUAGGAUGAGUGUGUUUCUUCAUCAGGUUUGUAGAAAUGUGUCACUGCAUGAGUGUCUCAGCAAUGGAUGCCCUGCAGUGAAUGGGUGCCGUCAGAAUGAGAGUCCAAACAGCUGAUAAAAACAUCACAAUAAUCCACACCAUUUCAGUCCAUCAGUUAACAUCUGGAGAAGACAAAAGCUGAAACAAAUCCAGCAUUAAGUCAUUUGGACUCCCAUUCUGACGGCACCCAUUCACUGCAGAGCAUCCAUUGCAGAGACACAUUUCUACAAAUCUGAUGAAGAAACAAACUCAUCCUGAUCUGGGAUGAACUGAGAGUACGGUUUCAGCACAUUGUCAUUUUUGGAUGAAAUAUUCCUUCAACAGUUUUUAUUUACUUAAUCAUAUUUGUUGUAAGGUGAUGCAUGAAAAAAAAAGCAAGUGUUGGAAGCUUUAAUUGUGAGUUUCCAAAAAAAACGGGGACCUUUCUUCCAAACUUCUAGACUUUCUUCUGUUGAACAUUAAUUAAGAUGUUUAGCAGAAUGUCCAAGUCUAUAUGAGCUGUGAAGCUCCAAACGAGAACCACAGAAACACUGUAAAGCUAGUCCAGUGUUACGAACAGAAAUAUUAGUCAUUAUUUCUCUGCUGUGACUCUCAAAUCUCUCAACUCAUCUCUGUCCUUCAGAAUAUGGUGUGUUUGGAAUCAGGGAUGUCAGAUGUCAUUGGUUCUCGCGUGUAUCAUUAAUAAUGGCACAGCUGGUGUUUUUUAAAUAGAAUGAAUGAUUUCUAUUCCUCUAAUCUAGAGGUCUGCGCGGGACUGUCCCGCUCCCGCGAGGUUAUAUCCCGCACCCACCCGCUCCCGCGAUAUAUUAACUCUUAGUUCACCCGCUGUCCGCUUUGAAGAAUUUUCUUCCCGACCCGACCGUUCCCGCUAAAUUUAGAUCUUGUUUCCAGAAUCACACAUUUAAAUGUCCUCUACUGAAAGAAAGACAGAUAGGCUAACAAAUAAAAACGUAGUCUGCACAAAAUUGUAUUUUUUAUUUUAUUAGUCUUGUCAGGAUACAAUUCGUUUAACUUUUACAACACAAUAGGAACAAGUGUCGCAGAGGGAAAAAAAAUGUAGGUUGUACAAAAAUGGCCUAUUAUAAUUUUAUUCUCUUGUCAAAAUACUAAAUUCGUUUAACAUCUUGCUGUAAACACCGUAGCCUAGGAAAAGUGUCGCGGAAGAAAAAUAAAUAAAUUCGACAUCUGUCAUUUAAAAUUAUAGGCUAAGCAAAAUAUAAACAAAACCGAGUUGAGCGUUCUUCAAGGACAGCGCAUCCACAUUUUGCUCCAUCUUUAUUCUGCUCUGUCACUCAUCGACAACCCGCCUGUUCUGUCUGUAGGCCGUAUAUUCACUGGUAGGCUACAGCCUGCUCUGAGCAUCGUUAUGCACAUGCUGCGCACAGACCUCGCAAAUAAAACGAAGCACUGGUUCAUGCGUGCACGGUGCAGCACGUGCAUAACAGUCGAGUGCAGGCUUACCGGUGCUUGAAUAAAGCGCAGAUAUGCUGUUCUGAAAAGACGUCGGGAACGGGAUAUUGUUAGACCGCCUGCUCCCGUUCAAAUUGCACCAGAGGUACCGACCGCAACCGCGUUUUAUUCGGGAAUUUAAUCCCGCGUCGCAAGAAAUCUGGUCGGGUCCGCGGGACAGCCGCGGGAAUGCAGACCUCUACUCUAAUCGACUCUUUCAGCACGAGUGAGAAUCUGUCUACACUGAAAUAAGCUUAUUACAGGUGCACUAGUGUUCAUACUGUCUACUUGGACUGCAAAAAUCAGUCAAGCCCCGUGUGUUUAUGAUUAAUAGAGUUCAUUAAUUACAUAAUUUAGUUGUCUCAUAACCAAGACCGCAAAUGUGUAGCGUGCAAACUGUACAUGAUGAAAUUAACAAAUAAAAAAGGAGCAAAAUGUG